AUGGCGACGCACAUGUGUGUGCUAGGAGUGCACGUGUUUGAUCCUGAUAGGAAGCCAUCGCCCCAUCUCAUUUACUGUCUUACGGUCAUUUUGAUGCAGCCUUAUCUCAGCUAUAACGCCAUCUUCAUCCAUAAGAACUCUCCGGACGCACUAACCGAGAGUCUCUCGAUUUCGGCCACCUCGACUCAGGUGUUUGCUCGCGCUUACUUUUACAUCUUUCAGCGUGCCUUGUGCCGCUCGUUGGUGGACAACAUUCGGCAGCAGCGAGUCCUGUUCGGGGCAGAUGAGGACCCGGAGGUAGAGGAAGUGUUUGCCCGUAAUGCCGACCGAAUGUGGAUGUUCUAUCAUCUGCUCCACGGGUCUUAUCUGUCGGCCUUGAGCUUCGUCGUGAUGGCGGCUGUCAUGCCGGACCCAAAGAAGUUCGGUUUACCGUUGGCUUUCCAUUUCCCGUUCUUGCCGUUAGACAAUCCGGUCUGGUGGUACUUUACCUACUUCCACCACGCGGCCAUGAUCUUCGUUGCGGUUCAUCUGCUGCUCAUCAUCGAUGGUACUAUGAUGAUUUCGAUGAUAAGCGUUUCGGCGAGGAUUCAGGCGUUGAAGGUGUUGCUCCGUCGGUUGGAUGAGAAAAUCCAGUCCGUACCGUGGUAUAAGACGCACGCCCUGGAGUCGGAGCUGAAUCGUAUUAUCGAGCUGCACGAAUCGAUUAAAGAAUUCGCUCGCCAGAUAAAUCGCUCCUUUACCAUACAUUUCUUCGCUAUCUUCGCCACGAUUUGCCUCGUUAUCUGUAUGUGUUUGAACGUAAUUGCCAUCUCGCCGAAGAGCUCCGUCUAUCCGUUUCUGGGCGCCUCCACUAGCCAGCUGUUUGUGAUGUGCUUCUUUGGUAACAUUUUGGUGAUCGAGAAUGAUAGCCUCUCGACCGACAUUUAUAGUGUGCAGUGGUAUCGUAUGACCGUUUCGCAGCAGAAGAAAAUCAUGUUUAUGAUCGCCAACGCGCAGCCGGAUAUUAAAGUAGGCACGGUUUUUAUGCUGGCUAACAUGACUACCUUCGUUACGGUCGUACGCGCUGCUUAUUCCUAUUUCACUAUUUUACAGUGA